CUCUCAUUCUCACACAGCUUACACUCUUAAUCUCACACAGCUUACACACACACUUCCGCCUCUGCUUCGAAUUUCAGCUUCGUCUCCGGUCGUCAGCUCUGAAUUCGUCGGCUUCGUCUCCAUCUCCGUCUACAUUUUAGGAAAGUUUAUCUCCAUCUCCAUUCAUACUGCUUGCACAAUCAGUCUCACUCUUCUGCCUCUCUCUCUGCUUGCUUACGCUCUCAGUCUCACACACACUUUCGCCGAUCGCCACCUCUGAACUCCUCACCGUCUCGAGACACUAAGUCAUGGCUACAUUACUACUGGCACUUACUAUCCUAUCUCUGGUUGCGGCCGGAAUCGUAGCAGGCCACAACGUCACCAUCACUCUGUUGGACUCCGCUGUAGCCAGAGGAGCUGUCUGUCUAGACUGCACCCCUCCGGCCUAUGCUUACAGCCCAGGGUUCGGAGACGGAGUAGACAACUGGCACGUAUACCUAGAGGGUGGUGGGUGGUGUCGGAAUGUAGCUGAAUGCCUCGAUAAAACCGGAUAUCACUUAGGAAGUAGUGCUAAGCUUAUGUCGACGGCGCAGAAUGGUGUCACAUUCUUUGGAGGGAUGCUCGACUCCAAUUCCACCUUUAAUCCCGGUAUGAUUUCAGAUUUCUACAAUUGGCACGUGGUCAAAAUCUUCUACUGUGACGGCUCAUCUUUCAUGUCCGAUGUUGAGGAUGUAGACCCGAAGUACAACCUGACUUAUAGAGGUGCAAGAAUAUAUGAUGCCAUGAUGGAUGAGCUCCUACGAAUCGGAAUGGGAAAUGCAAAAAAUGCUUUAUUGUCAGGCGGUUCGGCAGGUGGAUUAGCCACAACUUUACAUUGUGAUAAGUUUCAAUCGUUGUUUCACAACACAACUAGAGUAAAGUGCGUAUCUGAUUCAGGCUUUUUCAUUCAUGGAGAGCAUUUUUAUGGGGCUGAUUGGAGGGAAUCUUUCUUCUCUAGAGUGGUAUCCACACAUGGUUUGACGGAUAUGUUGCCCACAUCAUGCACAUCCAAAUUUAGCCCAACUCUGUGUUUAUUUCCUGAAAAUUUGGUCCCAGAUAUCCAAACCCCACUAUUUUUAAUUGAAUCAGCAUUUGACGCAUAUCAGAUAGGAGUUACUUUGUUCCCGGAUAGAAGCCCGCAAUGGACUAGUUGCAUCCUAAACUUGAUGCUUUGCAAUUCGACUGAGCUAGAAAUCAUGAAAGAUUUUAGGUUGAUAUUGAUAAAUACGCUGAAAAGUACAAUUGCAAAUAGCUCCUCCAGAAGAGGCUAUUUUGUACAUAGCUGCUACCUACAUGGCCAUAUGGAAGACAUAAGCAGUUCGACAUGCUCAUUGAUUGUUGGAAACGGACUUGCUAACAAAAAUAUAGCAGAAGCCGUGGGAGAUUGGUAUUUCGACCGGAGCGAGUUCCAGGAGAUGGAUAUGGUCAACAACUUGCCACGGAACUGCACUGGCGACGACCGACCUAUUUUGGAGAAAAAGUGUAGCGAUUAUUAUAUUCAUCAUCAGAUGCCAUGAAUUGAUAGCAUGUGAAUUUGAAUUUCCAUUUUCAGUUAUGAAUUAUGUGGGUGAUAUGUCAUCUAUAAAACCUAGAUGUUGCAACUCAGUGAUGGUGAUGGUGAUUAUGAAAUUGCUACUCUGCAAUUGUUGAUGACUUAAUAAAUACACAAUUGUUGAUGUUGCAAUUAUUGCUACAGAUAUGUUUGCUUAUUGUCAAUACUUUCUUUCAAACUUCAUUUAAUAAUUGGUGAUCAAACAAUGUAAGAUUAAUUGCUCAAAACCAAUAUCUUUGUAUCUUAUGAUUUCUUAUGUUUUA